ACAGCCGUUCCAUUGUCCUCUCCGGUUGGCUUCGCGGAUCUAUCGUCAUACCCCUCAGAUAUGGCGACAUCCUCCGCAGUCCAUAAGCCGAACCGGACGACCCGGAGCCCAGCUCAUGAGCUUCCUACAAGAACGGCGCGGGCUUCCGUGAAUGAGUUUAGCUUAGGAUAGAAUAAGAAACAGAAACACUAAUAACUAUGGCCGAACAACAACAAAAGAAGAAACAACUGCACCUAGGCGCUUUUAUGCGUCCAGUGAGUCUACACACUGGCGCAUGGCGAUACCCCGGCGCUUAUCCCGACGCCAACUUCAACUUCCAGCAUAUCAAGUCGUUCGCGCAAAAGCUAGAAGCUGCCAAAUUUGACGCCUUUUUCAUGGCUGAUCAUCUAGCCGUGCUGAACAUGCCGAUCGAGGCUCUUCGGCGCAGCCAAACAGUAACGUCUUUUGAGCCAUUCACUCUACUGUCCAGUCUAGCCGUCGUAACCGAGCGCAUUGGUCUUGUUGCUACCGCCUCGACAACUUAUGACCAACCCUAUCAUAUUGCGCGGCGCUUUGCAUCUCUCGAUCAUAUAAGCGCUGGGCGUGCCGGUUGGAACAUCGUCACGACCGCUAACCCUGACUCCGCGCGCAAUUUUGGCCAGGAAGAGCACAAAGAGCACGGCGAACGCUACGCCCGAGCUCGUGAGUUUUACGACGUGGUGACCGGAUUGUGGGAUAGUUUUGCCGACGAUGCCUUCGUGCGCAACGUUGAAAGCGGUAUCUUCUUCGAGCCGGAGCGCAUGCAUGUGCUUGACCACCACGGGCCCGAGCUUCACGUUAGAGGUCCGCUGAACAUCGCACGGCCUCCCCAGGGCUGGCCGGUGAUCGUACAAGCUGGACAGUCGGAGCCCGGGAAGCAAUUAGCUGCCGAAACGGCCGAGGUGGUAUUCUGCGCCCCGCGGAGUCUCGAGGCCGGCAAGGAGCUCUUCAAGGACGUGAAGGGCCGACUUACCGCGGUGGGUCGUGAACCCGAUGACAUCAAGUUGCUCCCUGCUGCCUUCAUAGUCAUCGGGGAUACCGUCGAGGAAGCCCGCGCAAAACGACUAAAGCUAGACAGCCUCGUACACUAUGAGAGCUCGGUCGCGUCGCUCUCGAUCGCACUUGGUGCCGACGCUUCCCAGUUCGACCCGGAUGGCCCGUUGCCGACAGAUCUUCCCGAGACAAAUGCGAGCAAGUCAGGUCGCGAGGGGGUUAUGAAGCUCGCGGCAACAGAGGGUCUGACCGUUCGCCAACUUGCACAAAGAUAUGGUGGUUAUUCGGGACUCGCUUUCGUCGGUACAGUAAAGACGGUCGCUGAUGAGAUGGAACAAUGGCUUGUACAAGAAGGUUCGGAUGGCUUCAACGUCGUCUUUCCAUUCUUGCCACAGGGCCUUGAUGAUGUUGUUGAGCGCCUGAUCCCUGAAUUACAACGACGAGGUAUCUUCCGCAAGGAUUAUGAGGGGACGACUCUGCGUGAACAUUUGGGUCUCAAACGUCCAAAGAACAAGUUCUUUCCCUAAUGGUAAAGCGGGCCUAUAUUUAAAGAUAGCUAUAAUUACCAAUAAUACUUAAAUGGAUAUGAUGUUAUUAACUAAGCUAUGUUGGCUUCAUGUACCUCAUCAGUUUAGCAUCGUUCACGUUGUGAAUUAUGGAAUUUUGAACUUAUUUCUAGCUCAA